CAACGCCCAGGUCAGAUCCUACUUCUUCGAUUUGAUUUGAUCUCAUCUCAUCUCAUCACCUUCUCCAACUGUUUUGUUUUUCUUUUUAAAUAUCUCUUUCGUCUUCGAUCCACUCUCUCUUCUCAGAACGAGUCAUGCCUGCUCAGACUCAGACGCACGACUCAGAAGAAGACGACUGCUCCUCUUCAAAGCCCCUGCCAAUGCCAUCGAUCCGGGCAAGAGAGAUGAAGAGUCCGCUCAACCGGGGUGAGGAGUUGAUCAAGGCGAUCAUAGAGCGCGAGAAGAACGCCAAGGUGAACGCUUCAUCGAAAGAGCACAGCAAACCGGCUGCUCCCUCGAGCAACAGGACUUGCAUAUGUUCCCCAACAAGCCACGCGGGCUCCUUCCGAUGCCAUCUCCACCGAGAGAAUCAAGCGACCAAAUCAUCCUCGGCGAACGUGGAGCAGCCUAAUUCAACCGAAACCAAGUUCGGGCGCCGCCACUGCUCCUUUGGCAGCCCGCAUCUGCUGUCGAGAUUUGGGAGGAGUUCCACCACCAAGUCCUUCAUGUGAUGGACAUUCCCACGAGUUCUCGGCAAAGGCUAAACGCACCAAAUUGAGGCUUGAGAGGGUGGUUUUAGAGCCCUCUUAGGAUUGUAGAUAGCUUUUUUAUUCUUUCGCAAUUCUAUCUUUCCAUGCUCAUCGUACUAGAAAGUCCUGGGGUUGGGUUAACUGUUUAUAUGAAUGGCCAGUUCUAGCUCGGAACAAAGGCUGUUGGUAGAAAGACGUGCAGUUACUCGGGAAUAAACCUGCAAAAUCGUCCGCAUUGGU